CGAGUGCGCCACGUUUGAAAGUUCUCACAUUGACAAGUUCCUUUGCAUGUGAAAUCGAACUCUUUUCGUUCUCGUUUAUAGACACAGAACUGAAUAUUCUCCGCCCUUUUUGGCGUCCCUUUGUACAACUAUGCCCAUUCGUCCAGAAGAAAAACCAUAUCUUCUUGACGUUUCUUCACAUACCUUUCGACAACUGAAACUCAUCGUCCCUGGAGGAUUAAUAACUUAUUAUUUCGGGACACUGCAGGAGUUUUGGACGAUCAUUCAGAGUGGUGCUGGGUCCACAGCUCUCGCUGCUCUACUAUCUGGCUGCACGACGAUUGGACUCUUUAUUUUCGUCCUAUUAACUCCCUGGAUACGGGGGGUGGAGCCUGAUUUUCGUGUAUGGCGAAAAUCUGGAAUUCUGUCUUCCGUUAUUCCACUUUUGACGACAUCUAUCGUUCUUGGUUGGCUGCUUCUUGUAAUGUCAUUGGCACAUUUUAGCGACUCAGGCAUAUUUAGAGGUGUAGUAGGAGCAUCAUCUGUAUACGCUCUUUCAUUCGGAUUAUUGGGGCUCUUACCUGCGCCGAAAGUCAAAAGAACCUGAACAUUCUGAAAUUGUCGAUUGAAAAUCUACAUGCAUCGCUGUAUCAUAAAUCCAUUUUUACAAAUGUUAUCAGAUGGCAUACUUUGUAUCUAGUAUACAUGUCUUUAUCAUUCUACACGCUACUCACCUAUGUAU